AUGUUGUGUGUAAAUGACACUCCUUUAUUUGAUUUGUCUGACAAUGCAACACGGUUAUUUUUGGCCGCUUUGGAAGCUUUUCAAAGGACCUAUUCUCCGGUGCAUGGUUUCAUCUGCAUAGUAAUAUGCACAUUCAGCAUUGGAACCAACUUGAUACAUAUAUUGGUACUAACUAGGCCAAAUAUGAGGUGCUCGGCGGUAAACUGUGUACUAACAAUGGUUGCUAUUUGCGAUAUGGGUACCAUGGGAUCGUAUUUCAUAUACAUUUGCCAUUUUGUACUUUUCAAAGAUACUACUUGUGUGCUUAUUUAUUCCUAUUUAUGGAUGCGGUAUUUAUUAUGUCAUAUGGUACUGAGCAUCACUUUGCAUACAACUUCUCUCUGGUUAAUUGUUGCAAUGGCUUUUAUCCGUCAGAUGACUUUGAGAAAUGCUAUCCUCAAUAGCAACUGGCAAAAGCCACAGAUGGCCUGGAGAGUUUGCACUUUAAUAUACUUCUGUGUGUUCAUACUCUGCAUACCGACAUUUCUAAUGUAUGAUGUGGUUGAAGUUGGUGAUUGGCAUCCUGCACCGCAUUGUUCUCAUAGCUUUCCACCUAAUUACACUGCUAAGUAUUACACCUUUCAUAUGUCACCGUCUGCAAUGGCAAAUGGAUGUCGUUUUUUUAAAUGGAAUUUAUGGAUGUCGGGAAUCAUUUUCAAGGUUGUACCAUGCAUAUUGCUACUUUAUUUUUCAUCAAGUCUUAUAUUGACAUUACAUCAAACAACUAGAAAGCGUAAACUAAUAUUGAAAUAUAACUCAACAAAAAUAAGAGGUGUCACUAAGUCAGAUCGGACGUCAGCUCUAUUACUUGCCAUAGUGUUGGUAUUUCUAAUUGCCGAGAUGCCGCAAGGUAUCAUCGCCAUCAUGAAUGCUAUUUAUACCACUCAUGUGCACAUAUAUAUUUACUUUAAUCUCGGUGAUAUCCUCGACCUUCUCUCACUGCUCAAUUCAUCCAUUACCUUCGUCCUUUAUUGCUUAAUGUCUUCCAGAUACAGAGAUACAUUCUGGACAGUCGUGCUACCUAAGCAUUUUUUCAGAGAGUUCACCAGAAAGAAAACAUCAGAAAUGCUUUCAUCAGAAAUGCAUUCCACACAGAAGCAAAUAAACAAACCAUCCCUUGCAACAAUAACUGUGAAACCAGAAUCCUGA